UUGUUUUCCUCAACCUCACACCAACAUCCCUUUCUCAUCUCCAACAAACACACACAGGAGAAAGAUUAGGGCUACCUCCAUGAUCGUCGUCAUCUUCUUCGUCUUGGUGGUCUUGUUUCCGCCAACUUCAGAUGCUGCCAUGAGGAAUCAAUCUGCGGUACCAGUAAACGUAGGGUUGAUCCUUGAUUUCGAGAUGCCCAUAUCAAGAAUCAGCAACUCCUGCAUCUCCAUGGCGCUCGACGACUUCUACUCCACCAGGAACCACACGAAGCGCUUGGUCAUUCACGCCCUCGACUACGCAGAUGGGGGCGUCGUCGGUGCAGCAUCCGCAGCCAUUGACCUGCUGAAGAAUGUGGAGGCCGUGCAGGCAAUUCUAGGCCCGCUAAGAUCCGGCGAAGCGGAUUUCAUUGCGAACUUAGGCGAGAAAAUUCACGUCCCCGUGAUUUCCUUCACGGCAACGAGCCCCUCGCUCUCUCCAGCCAAGCAGCCAUACUUCAUCCGAGCUGCACAGAACGAUGUAGCUCAGAUCGGAGCAAUCGUGUCCAUAGUUAAGCUCUAUGGUUGGAGAGAGGUCGUGCCCAUCUACGAAGACAACGAUUUCGGCAGCGGGAUGAUUCCCUUCCUCGCCGAUGCCCUUCAGCAGAUCGACGUGAAGGUGGCCAGCAGGUCCGUUCUCCCAACUGAUUGCAGCAACAGCUUCAUCAAGGCAGAAUUGUAUAGACUCAUGACCAUGCAGACCAGAGUGUUCGUCGUUCACGUCACGCCGUCCUUCGGUGCCCGCCUUUUCCUGUCCGUUCAUGAGCUGGACAUGAUGAGCAGUGACUACGUCUGGAUCGUCACUAAUGGAGUUGGCAAUCUCCUUGGCUCCAUGAAUUCAACCGUAAUAUCCGCAAUGCAAGGCGUUCUAGGGGUGAGAACUUACGUACCGGAGUCGGCGAAGCGGGCCGACUUCGUGGCGAGAUGGAGCCGACAGUUCCGGUUGGACAAUCCCGACGUCGAGACCACGCCGGAGCUCGAUGUCUUCGGGCUUUGGUCUUAUGACACCAUUCAGGCGCUGGCUUUCGCUGUGGAGAAAACCAAUUCCCGGAAAUUCAAGUUCCAGCAGGUUCAACUUGGGAAUUUAAAUUCCACGGAUGUGGAAAGCCUGAGAAUCUCGCGAACAGGUCGCCAACUCUUGAAUGAAAUGCUGAGAACUAAUGAGGUGGGCUUGAGUGGGGAGUUCAGUUUCGCUAAUGGGGAGUUGCAGUCCAAUAGGUUCGAGGUUGUGAACGUGAUCGGAAAAGGAGAAAGGGUGGUGGGAGUGUGGACUCCCCAGACCGGGCUUUCCUCCCAACCAGUGGAAGGAAAGCCUGGAAGAGCCAAUUUAAGCACAGUGGUGUGGCCAGGUGAUCCAGGUGCGGUGCCCAAGGGCUGGGUCGUGCCGACCAACGGGAAUAAGCUGAGGAUUGGGGUCCCAUACAAGACUGGGUUCAAUGAGUUCCUCCAGGUCCGGACCGACCCUGCAACCAACAAGACCACGGUGCGAGGCUAUUGCAUAGACGUAUUCGAGGCCGUCGUGAACGUGUUGCCGUAUUCUUUGUCCUAUGAGUUCAUCCCCUUUACUGAUGAACAUGGGAAGAGUGGAGGGACAUACGAUCAACUAGUCGACCAAGUCAUUCUUGGGAAGUACGACGCAGUUGUGGGGGACGUUACCAUCAUCGCCAACCGAUCCAACUACGUAGAUUUCACACUGCCAUACACAGAAUCGGGCGUGUCGUUGCUGGUUCCAACGGAGGCCGAGCAUAAGAAGAGUGUGUUCGUGUUCUCGAAGCCGCUGACAGCGGAGCUUUGGAUCACGAGCGGGUCCUUCUUCGUCUUCACAGGGUUGGUGGUGUGGCUGCUGGAGCACAGAAUCAACCCCGAGUUCAGAGGCACUCCCCUCGAGCAGAUAGGCGUCACCUUCUACUUCGCCUUCUCCACCAUGGUCUUUGCACACAAGGAGAGACUACAGAGCAAUCUGGCACGGUUCGUGGUCAUCGUUUGGGUGUUUGUGGUGCUGAUCCUGACGUCGAGUUACACGGCAAGCUUGACCUCAAUACUCACAUUUCAGCAGCUCCGGCCGACGGUCACGAGCAUCCAGAGCCUCAUCCGGAACGGCGACUACAUUGGCUACCUGGAGGGAUCUUUUGUUCCCAGCCUCUUGGAGAGAAUGAAUGUCGACAAGUCGAAGCUGAGGGAGUACUCGACGGCGGAGCAGUACAAGGAGGGGCUCACGAGGGGCAGCAGCGGUGGCGGGGUGUCCGCCAUUGUCGACGAGAUCCCAUACAUCAAGCUUUUCCUUGCCAAGUACUGCACCGGCUUCUCCAUGGUUGGACCCACCUACAAGAACGGCGGCUUUGGCUUUGUGUUUCCUAAGGGUUCUCCAUUGGUUGCGGACAUUUCGAGAGCAGUGUUAAACAUCACAGAAGGAGACAGUAUGGCGUCCAUCGAAAGGGCUUGGUUUGAGCAUUCUGAAGCAUGCGCAGACCCCAAUCAGGAAGUGAACUCCAACAGCCUCACCUUCUCUAGUUUAUGGGGUCUUUUCCUGAUAACAGGAACUGCUUCACUGGGAGCUAUUAUCGUCUUCAUCCUCUCCUCCUUCCACCGAUGGGUGCAAGGCCGCUCCAUAGCAAGCUUAUCUGCUGAACCAGGUCACCCCACAACCCUUUAGCCAUGACUAGAUUAUUUGAUCAGAAAGAUACGUCAUUCCUACCAUCAGAACCGUGGUGAUCCAGCCGGCGGUGAACCAGGGUAAGCAUCUCCUGCUACAAUAAGGAAAUUCCAUUUAAAGACGGUAGCUCCGUGGAGCAAAACAUGUCCACUCGUGAAGAGGCUUUCAGCUAGAUGAAGCGUUCACCCAAUAAUCUGAUGG